AUGGCUGAAGGUGAAGAAUGGAAAACAGCCUUUCGUACGCGUUACAGGCACUUCGAAUAUACGGUGAUGCCCUUCAGCCUUACCAAUGCGCCAGCCACCUUCCAAAACUUUAUUAACGAUUGCGUUCGCAACUACCUUGAUAUGUUCUGUACAGCCUACCUUAACGAUAUUUUCAUCUACAGCGACACCUUCGAAGAACACCAAGUAAAUGUCGAAAAGGUCCUAGAAGCCCUACAAAGAAAUGGAGUACUGCUGAAACCAGAGAAAUGCAAAUUUCACACACAGAGCACCACCUACCUUGGCCUUGUUAUUGAACCCAACGGCAUUAAAAUGGAUCCAAGAAAAGUGCAGACAGUGAAGAAUUGCACCGUCCCCAAAACAGUUAAGGAUGUGCAAGCAUUUCUGGGUUUCGCUAGCUUUUACCGCCGAUUCAUACGUGGAUUCUUGGAACUGGCUUCCCCUCUUACCAGACUGACACGCAAGGACAUAUCAUUCGAAUGCAUAUCCGAAGCUCAAACUGUCUUCAAUGCCCUGAAAGAAGCCUUCACAACCGCUCCCAUCCUUACCCAUUUCGACCCGGAGAAAGAAAUUACUGUGGAAACUGAUGCAUCUGACUAUAUCUCUGCCGGUGUACUCUCCCAAUACGAUGAUAAUGGUACCCUUCGACCCGUCGCAUACUUCUCAAAAAAGCACUCCCCUGCCGAAUGCAACUACGAGAUUUACGAAAAGGAAUUACUGGCGAUUAUUCGAUCCUUUGAGGAAUGGCGACCGCAACUUGAAGUGGCUGCACACCCAAUCGCCGUCAUAUCCGAUCAUAAGAAUCUCGAAUACUUUAUGAAUACUAAACAACUUAACCGGAGGCAAGCACGCUGGGCGGAAUACCUAUCACGGUUCAAUUUUGUUAUCAAAUCAGGAGAUCUCCCUGGGGAGGGGAAUGAAAGGCAAUUACAUCAGAGUCAAGUCGUAUUGAAGAAGGAGAAUCUUGAAGCAAAGCUAAGUUUGUUGGCGGGUUCUUUUUCAAACGAACCCGCUGAAAUGAACGCCUCACUGAAUACACUAUUUGACGAAGGAUAUAACUCUGACCCGUUCCCACAAAAGAUACUGGAUAUGCGGUACAAAGGCGAGCGACAAUCAAAGGGCAUAUCACUCGCUGAAUGUACCGAGGUUGAAGUUCGGAACUGCCACCCCUGUCAACGAACUAAACCCAACACCCAUGGAAAACUCGGCGUACUUCGACCUUUACCGAUUCCUGAACAGCCAUGGCAGGAGGUAUCAAUGGACUUUGUUACUGGCCUACCGGAGAGCGAAGAGUACAACGUGAUUAUGGUAGUCGUUGACCGGUUAACAAAAAUGCAACAUCUCCUACCCUAUAACACCACCGUCAACUCCGAAGACGUCGCCCAACUAUAUUUGCGAAAUAUAUGGAAACUCCAUGGGCUACUCAUACAUGUCACCUCCGACUGCGGCAUGCAAUUUACAGCCAGAUUCUGGAGAGCUCUCUGUAAACACUUCGGCAUCGAAGCAAGAAUGUCCACUGCCUUCCACCCGGAGACCGACGGCCAAUCCGAAAGGCUGAACGCCCUCUCUAUGGCAGAAUUCUCCACCAACAAUCAAGUCUCCGCAUCCACCAAAGCUACACCAAUCUUCGCGAACUAUGGUUUCCACUCCCAGUUUACAGUGACGAUUAAAUUGCUUCGCAGGACCCCACCAAGCCUCAAUGCUAAAGACUUCGCCUCGAAGAUGAAAGAACUCCACGAAUACCUACGUUCCAAUAUCCGCACCACGCAAGACCAACAAGAGUAG